AACCGUCACAGACAAGAAGACAUCUCUUAAAAUAUUAACUGAUUCAAAUCAUCAAGAUACCUAAUGAAAAUCGGAAUAAGGAAGAUUACCAUCGAUAAGCAGCUUAGUGAAAAUAAAACAGCGAAAAACGCAGAAGUCGACGAAAAAUUAUCUCUUAUCGACAAAGGGUGCAGAAAAGAAGACGUCUUCUACAAGAAGCUCGCUAAUGGAAAUUACAUAUGUAACAUCUGUCAGACAGUGUCCGAACGGAAGAGCCACAUUCUGAGUCACAUUAUGGGCAAGCACAGCUUUCAUCGUUCCUUCAGAUGUGCGGUUUGCGGCAAGAAUUUUAAAUACAAUUACAAUUUGAAUGUGCACCGACUUAUUCAUGAAAAAAUGAGGUCCGAUUAUUUGUACGGCUGCAGUAAGUGCAACUAUCGCGGCGGAACGAAGGCCCAUCUGAAGGCCCACUACACCAGGCGACACACCGACGAGUACAGAUUCGUCUGCGAGCAUUGCGGUAAAUACUUCAAGCUAGAAUGGGACUUAAAGUUCCAUCUGAUGACGCAUGACGGUUCCUGGCACAUGUGCGACAUUUGCGGUAGAUUCUACACGAGCAAUUACUCCCUGUAUAAACACAGGAAAAUGGCGCACUUGAAUGAGUACAAGUUUCAUUGCGACGUGUGCAACAAAAAGCUGAUUACGUAGAAGAACAGUUAUAUGCAGUAACACGAUAAGACUUACGAGUGUAAAGAGUGUGGCAAGAAAUAUUUCACCAGCCACGCGACGAUACACACAGGCGUCAAACCGUACACGUGCCAGAUUUAGAUUAAAGGAGUUUCAGGACAUCGAAUAUGAGAAACAUGCAUUUAAUCACGCAUUCGACAGAAAAACCGUAUAUCUGCGACUUGUGCGAGCAAACAU